AUGACCAGGCGACUGGAGGCAUACCUUCCAGAGGUGCUGUGCAGUGCUUUUCGUCAGUCUGGCAUCAACAAGGACCUGUAUGACUGGCAGGCGGAGUGUCUCUGCCGUCCUGGGGUCCUGGAUGGCAAGAACCUGGUGUACUGCGCCCCAACCAGUGGCGGCAAAAGCCUGGUGGCGGAGAUCCUCAUGAUGCGGCAGGUGAUCGCCACAGGCAAGGCUUGUCUGCUGGUGCUGCCAUUCGUGAGCCUGUGUGGCGAAAAGGCUGCGCAUCUGGAGAGGCUCCUGGCACCGAUGCACAAGACCGUGAGGGGUUUCUAUGGGUCACAGGGUGGUGGGGAGAUCUUCCGUAACGACACAGGCGCCCUUGUGUGCACCAUCGAGAAAGCAAACAUGCUUGUCUGCCGAAUGAUAGAGGAGCAGCUGCUGGACAGGCUGUGUGUGGUGGUGGUGGAUGAACUGCACAUGGUGGCCGAAGAUGACAGAGGGUACCUAUUGGAACUUCUGCUCACAAAACUCAGAUAUGCCACCUUUGUGAACGAUCAAGAAAGUGAGGUGCCGAGGUCGGAGGGCUUGCAGGUCAUCGGCAUGAGUGCCACCAUGCCAAAUGGUGCUGACGUAGCUCGGUGGUUGGGGGCAGAGCUUUAUGUGACAGACUUCCGCCCCGUGCCCCUGAAGCGCAUGCUCUUGAUUGGGCGAGCACUCAAGGACCCUCAGAUGAAGACUGUUGGAGAAGUGCCUGUCGACCCGGAAUGGGAGCGGAGCGAUCCCGAACACUAUGCCUGGCUCGCCAAAGAGACUGUUGAUGAAGGCCACUCUGUGCUGCUGUUUUGUGCAACCAAGAAGGCGUGCUCAGAUGCCGCAAAGAUCAUCGCCAAGAUGGUGACAGUGCCAGAGCGGAAGAUCGAGUGUGCGGCAAAUCCAGGGCAGCAUGACCGGGCAUGGAUCGUGGGGGAGCUCCGCCGCCUGUCUGGCAGCGCUGAAGCCAUCCUCGCUAACGUCAUCGCCAAAGGGGUGGCCUUCCACCACGCGGGCCUGUCGUCGGAGGAGCGCGAGUUGGUGGAGAUGGCAUACAGAUGUGGGGCAAUUUCGGUGCUUGCAGCGACGUCCACGCUUGCAGCUGGAGUGAACCUGCCUGCAAGGAGGGUCAUUUUCAGGCACCCCUACAUGUACAAGGACAAGAAGAAGGUGCUCCUUGAUGGCACGAAGUACCGGCAGAUGUCUGGCCGGGCAGGGCGCGCGGGCAUCGACACACAUGGAGAGGCCAUCUUGUUGAACUCAGCCGAUUUCAGCAGUGCAAACAUGGUGAAGCUGCUUCAGGAGGACCCCAAGCCAAUUUCGAGCUGCCUCUCGGAAGACCGCCGGGGCAUGAAGAGGGCCAUGAAUGAGGUUGUGGCAAGUGGUGCCGUGUCGACGCCUGUGGAUGUGGACAGGUUUGUCAAGUGCACGCUGCUUGCAGCCACCAGUGAUUUUCAGGAUGUUGUGGCAGACGCAACCAAGAAGGCACUGCACUGGCUGGGCGUGAAGCAAUUCGUCAGAUGGGAGGGCAAUGCCUAUUUUGCGCCGACAGCGCUUGGCAAGGCUUCCCUGGCCAGCAGCCUUGCCCCAGAUGAUGCCAUCAUCGUCAAAGAAGACUUGGCCCGUGCGCGGCAGUGCUUUGUCAUGACCACUGAGCUCCAUCUCACUUUCCUGGUGACCCCCCUGUCUGAGUUGCCAUACAUCAACUGGCAAGCCCUCUUUCGCCUGUACAAGAGCCUUCCAGAGUGUGAAAAGAAGGUUGCAGAGCUGGUUGGGGCAAAUGAGGGCUACAUCCAGAAGAUGUCUCACAAUCCCCCGAACAACAGCAGCAAGGAUGGGGUGGUUUCGGAGCCAGAGAGGAUUUGUGAGCGCUUCUACGCUGCCCUGAUUCUUCACGACCUGAUCCAGGAGGUGCCCAUUGAUGCCAUCUGCGAGAAAUACGAAAUCCUGCAGGGGGGCGUUCAGAGCCUCCAGACCAACUCAGGCAAGUUUGCGGGCAUGGUGGCCCUCUUCUGCGAGCGCCUGGGCUGGCUGGACCUUGAGGCCCUGGUGGCGAAGUUCCAGGGGCGAGUGUGGAGUGGGGUCAAGCCAGAGAUCCUGGCCCUCACGGAGAUACCCUACGUGAAGGCAGCAAGGGCGCGGACGUUGUACAAGGCUGGGCUGAGGACUGUGGAUCAGGUGGCAGCCGUGGAGUCGGUGAACUCGCUGGUGGCCAUCCUUGCAAAUGGCGCCCCUCAUGGGGGCAUCAAGGGCGACAACAACGAUGCGCAGCUGGCUAUCGAGAGGCGCGCCGCCAAGAUGAUCUUGAAGGGCGCGCGGGAGCUUUUGGUCCAGAAGGCCCAGGAGCUUAAGGACCAAGCAGCUGCUGCCGAGGUCAUUGUUAACCAAAGGAAAAGGGAGCGCUCAAUGUCAGGCAGCUUGGCCGUUGCUGCUAAAUCGCCCUCUGAAGAUCCCUUGCAGGCCAUGGCAGAACCAAACGCAAUGACGCCUCCACCAUCCCCUCCACCAUCUGCCCAAGCCCACAAGCUGCGACUGGCCGUGGAGUCUUCCACUGGGAUCGUCACCGUAUCAGAUCCAGACGACAUCAGACACGCCUGCAGCUUCCUUGCAACCCUCCCACAGUUCAGCUUCGACUUUGAUGCCACACAACCCCCGGUUGGUGCUCCGGGCCCCAGUCUUGAACUACCACCUGGUCCCUUGGGGCCGGAAUCUGACAAUAAUCAGAAUCCACAAGGGAAACCCAAUCCGCAUGCAAAUCCAAAUCUGCAUUUAGCACACACCGUUAAUGGGGUCGCAUUCUCGUGGACGGAUGAGCAUGCGAUCUACAUCAAUUUGCGAAACAACGAAAAUUGCAGCCAAUGGCAGUUUGUGGCAGACGUGAUGAAGGGCCCCGCAGAGAAGGUGGCUUUCAGAUUGAAAUCGCAGCUCAAGGCAGUUGGUGCGGUGGGUGAAUCGGAGAAGAGGUGCAUGAAUGUGGUGGCAGCAGUUGAUGUGGGGAUUGCAGCUUGGCUGCUGCAGCCGGACGAGGCAAGUGGCUUCCGAGGCUGCGGAUCGGGGAGGGGCUCAUUCCCAACGACCUUGGAAAAGAUGCUAGAGGUGCACGGUGGCCGUUCUGCUGUAAUGCAAGCCUGCGCCUGCCUGAAUGGCGCAAAGUGCGUUGGUCGACCAGCGGCUGCUUGCAAGAGGGCGUCGAUGUCAAGGAAGCUGUUUGGCUUCCUGGCACCGCAGCUGCAGACACAGGGCCUCCUCACCCCCCUUCACGAUGUGGAGAUGCCACUGGUGCCCGUGCUGGUGGCAAUGGAAGCCACAGGCAUGCCCUUCGACCCUCGGAUCUGUGCAUCGCAGCGGGGAUCCCUGCAACGACGCCUAACUGAACUCGAGGAGAAGGCCCAUCGGGAUGCAGGCCGCGUAUUCAAUCUGACCUCUGCCCAGGAGGUGGCUGGAGUGCUGUUUGAAGACCUGGGCUUGGUGCCACCUCCCUCCGCGCAGCAGGGCAAGCGUGGUCUGUCCACAAAAGCAGAGGUACUCCAAGAGCUGGCACUUGAGCACCCGCUGCCGGGACUCAUCCUGGAGCAUCGCAAGCUCAAGAAGCUGAUAACCGGUUUUGUGGACUCGCUGACAGGCUGCGUGUGCAGGGCCGGGGAAGGUGCAUCAGGGACUGAGCCGCCAAGACUCCAUGGGACCUUCCUCCAGACUUCCACUGCCACUGGCCGCCUGUCCAUGGAUGAGCCCAACCUGCAGACUGUGCCCCACCCGGUCGACUACGAAACCACAGCCUCUGAGACACCCCCAGAUGUCCUGCCAACUGGCGAUCAGCCCCGAUCCAGCUACUGCUUCAAUGUAAGGGCAGCCUUUCGUGCCCCAGAGGGGUGGCUGAUGCUGUCUGCGGAUUAUUGCCAGCUUGAAUUUCGCCUCAUGGCGCACUUUUCUGGCGAUGAGAGCCUGCAGCAGAUGUUCAGGGACCCUGGUGGGGAUCCAUUCAGGCUGUUGGCGGCACAGUGGCUUGACACGCCCAUGGACGAGGUUACUGAGCAGCAGCGCACACACGCCAAGCGCCUGGCCUAUGGCCUGCUCUACGGCAUGGGCCCCCAGGCCCUGGCCGACGACCUGCAGAUCCCCGUGCCCGCCGCUGCACAGAUGGCCGACGCCUUCCGGGCAUCGCUACCUGGCGUGGACGCCUGGCUGCGCCGUGUAGUCGAGGAUUGCAGGCGCACGGGGUUUGUGCAAACGAUUGGAGGCCGGCGGCGGUACCUCCCAGAUGUUGCGGAGAGGAAUGGUGGGAAGAGGGGGCGGGCGGAGCGGCAGGCGGUGAACACGCUGUGCCAGGGGUCAGCGGCGGACCUUGUGAAGGUGGCCAUGGCGAGGGUGCAUCGGCGCAUCAGGGUGGAGGCGGCGGGGACGUGUCAUAUGCUUUUACAGGUCCACGACGAGCUUCUUUUUGAGGUGCGGGAAGGGGCCCUGUCCGCGGUGGUUCUGCUGAUUCGGGCGGGCAUGGAGCGGGACAACGGCCUGAGCGUGCCGACGCCCGUCAGGUUGAGUGCGGGUCCCAGCUGGGGGCAGCUGCGGCGGCUGUAG